AUGAAAAAAAAGAACACAAGACCUGCAACUGGUGGGGCCGUGGGAGGAAAGCAAACGAAAACUUUGUCUUCACGAAUUCGUCUGGAAAUGGCUUCCCCAAACGAAAACGACGAGUUUCCCAUUCUUCAUCCGAUUCCUGAAUCAACAUCUCGUGCUCACACUAAGUCUUUCACUUCCAAAAAUCGUAGCGUUUCACUCUCAAAUCCAACUUUCUAUAGUGACGGAUUCGAGAGCUCGACUAAGGUUUUAGGCUACACAGGUCCUCUUCGAACCGAGAGAAGACGACCAUCUUUAAUUCAAACGAGUGGUCCUCUUUCCUCUGCUCGCAGACCUGAACCUCUCUUCUCUCCCUCGCCUAUUCAACCUCCUGAAUCAUCUUCCAUUAUUGAUAUUCCUUCUGAAGAAGAAGAAGAUGAUCUUGUCUUAAAAAACGCUAAUCUCUUGAGAUCUGGCCAGUUAGGGAUGUGUAAUGAUCCUUACUGUACUACUUGUCCUUCUUACUACAACCGCCAAGCUGCUCAGUUCCACACUUCCAAGGUUUCAGCCUCUAGGUUCCACACUGCUUUGUAUGAUGAUGCUAGAGGUUGCGCUAGGCAAUUUGUUUCCUCUGUUCGUAGAUACGUACCUGGAAUCAUGAAUCCUCAUUCCAAAUUCGUUCAAGGAUGGACUAGAGUCUUAGCCUUCUCAAGCGUGCUGGCUAUUUUUGUAGAUCCCCUCUUCUUAUUCCUCUUGUUAAUCCGACAUGACAACAGAUGCAUAGAGAUCGAUUGGCCUACGACUAAAGUAUUGGUGUCCGUUAGAUGUUUAACGGAUUUUAUAUUCUUCAUUAACAUUCUUCUUCAGUUUCGUUUGGCUUAUGUAGCUCCUGAGUCUAGAAUAGUUGGUGCAGGGCAGUUAGUUGCUCAUCCAAGAAAAAUUGCUGCCCAUUACAUCCGUGGAAAGUUUCUACUUGACCUAAUCAUAUUGGUGCCCCUUCCACAGAUACUGAUACUAUGGGUGUUACCAGCACACUUAGGCACACCAAGGACAGAAGCUGAGAGAAAUGUUAUACGAGCUGCAAUGCUUUUUCAGUACAUUCCAAAGUUAUAUAGACUCUUACCUCUUCUUGCUGGACAAACACCGACAGGCUUCAUAUUUGAGUCGGCUUGGAUUAACUUCUUUAUCAAUCUUUUCACCUUUGUUCUUGCUGGUCACGCUGUUGGCGCUUGCUGGUAUCUUGCAGGGCUUCAGAGAGUUAAGAAAUGCCUGCUAAAAGUUGGGAAUAUUUCAGUGGGUGAACGUAGAAACCUUCUUGAUUGUGCUCGUGUAAGCAAAGCAUCGGAGACACUACGAGAUCUCUGGAAACAUAGUGCGAAUGUUGAUGCUUGUUUUCAAGAGAGUGGUUUUACUUAUGGGAUCUAUCUCAAGGCAGUCAAUCUUACCAAUGAAUCUAUUUACUUCAAAAGAUCCAGUUAUUCUCUGUUUUGGGGAUUCCAGCAAAUCAGCACGCUUUGUGGAAACCUAUCUCCAAGCUACUCACUAGGGGAAGUUUUCUUUACAAUGGGUAUCAUUGGAUUAGGGCUUUUGCUUUUUGCACGGCUAAUCGGUAAUAUGCACAACUUCCUUCAGUCUCUCGAUCGAAGGAGGAUGGAAAUGAUGCUGAGACGUCGUGAUGUGGAGCAAUGGAUGAGCCAUAGACUUCUGCCAGAAGAUAUAAGAAAGAGGGUGCGAGAGGCUGAGCGGUUUAAUUGGGCUGCUACUAGAGGAGUUAAUGAAGACUUGCUCUUUGAGAAUAUGCCUGAAGAUCUUCAGAGAGAUAUAAAACGUCAUCUUUUCAAAUUUCUCAAGAAGGUGAGGAUAUUUUCGUUGAUGGAUGAAUCAAUCUUGGAUUCAAUCAGUGAGAGGCUGAAACAGAGGACUUACAUAAGGAGUAGCACGAUUUUGCACCGAGGAGGUCUAGUUGAGAAAAUGGUAUUCAUAGUGAGAGGUGAGAUGGAGAGUAUUGGAGAAGACGGCUCUGUUCUGCCAUUAUCAGAAGGAGACGUUUGUGGUGAAGAGCUUCUCACUUCGUGCCUCGAACGCUCUUCUGUGAAUCCCGAUGGGACGAGGAUAAAGAUGCCGCACAAGGGACUGGUUAGCAACAGAAACGUUAGGUGCGUGACAAACGUGGAGGCGUUUUCGCUGAGUGUAGCAGAUCUUGAAGACGUGACGAGCUUGUUUUCAAGAUUCUUGAGGAGCCAUCGCGUGCAAGGAGCCAUUAGGUACGAGUCUCCUUAUUGGAGGCUACGAGCGGCCAUGCAGAUUCAGGUUGCUUGGAGAUAUCGAAGGAGACGGCUUCAGAGAUUGUACACUUUGCGAAAAAUGGCUUCCCCGAACGAAAACGAUGACAUUCCCAUGCUUCCAAUUUCAAGCUCAUCGUCUCGCGCUAGGGCUUGGAAUCGCAGCGUUUCCCUCUCAAACCCUACUUCCUCCACCGAUGGAUUCGACAGCUCGAGUGUGGUUUUAGGCUACACGGGUCCUCUUCGAACCACGAGAAGACCUCCGCUAGUGCAAAUGAGUGGUCCUCUAACCUCUACUCGCAGUCCCGCGCCUGUCUUCCUUCUCCCUCCUCCUGAUUCUUCUGGUUCCGCCGGUGUCUCCUCUCAGCCGGAGAGGUACCCUUCUUUCCCUGCGCUCGAACACAAAAACUCCGACGACGAAUUCGUCAAGAAACACGCGAAUCUUUUGAGAUCUGGGCAAUUGGGUAUGUGUAAUGAUCCUUACUGCACCACUUGUCCUUCUUACUACAAUCGCAAAGCUGCCCAAAUACCCAUUUCCAGAGUUUCCGCCAUUUUUGAUUCCACGUUCCACAAUGCUCUGUAUGAUGAUGCUAAAGGCUGGGCAAGGCGAUUUACUACCUCUGUUAAUAGAUACUUACCAGGAAUCAUGAAUCCUCACUCCAAAUUCGUUCAGAGCUGGACUAAAUUCUUUGCCCUCUCGUGCUUGUUGGCUAUUUUCAUAGACCCACUCUUCUUCUUCCUCAUAUUAGUCGAACAGAACAACAAAUGCAUUGUGAUUGAUUGGCCUAUGGCUAAAACAUUCGUGGCUGUGAGAAGUUUAACGGAUAUUUUAUUCUCAGCGAACAUUCUGCUUCAGUUUCGAUUGGCCUAUGUAGCUCCUGAGUCUACGGUUGUUGGUGCUGGUCAGUUGGUUGAUCACCCUGGGAAAAUUGCUCGCCACUACUUCCGUGGAAAGUUUUUACUAGACUUGUUCAUAGUGAUGCCACUUCCACAGAUAUUGAUAGUAUGGAUCAUACCAGCACACUUAGGCGCAUCUGGAGCAAACUAUGCGAAAAACCUAUUACGCGCUGCAGUUCUUUUCCAAUACAUCCCAAAGUUAUACAGGCUUCUACCACUUCUUGCUGGACAAACACCUACGGGCUUCAUAUUCGAGUCGGCUUGGGCUAAUUUUGUUAUUAAUCUUCUCACCUUCAUGCUUGCUGGUCAUGUUGUUGGAUCUUGCUGGUAUCUUUUUGGUUUGCAGAGAGUUAAUCAAUGCCUUCGAAAUGCCUGCGGUAAUUCUGACCAUGGAUGCAGAGAUCUUAUAGAUUGUGGUCGUGGAGAUAGCGAAUCAGCGUUAGCUGCCUGGAGAGUUAAUGAGAGUGCCUCUGCUUGUUUUCAAGAGGAUGGCUUUCCUUAUGGGAUAUAUCUAAAGGCGGUCAAUCUUACGAAUUAUACUAGUCUCUUCACAAGAUACAGUUACUCUCUUUUCUGGGGUUUCCAGCAAAUCAGCACGCUUGCUGGAAACCAAGAACCAAGUUACUUUCUUGGGGAAGUCUUCUUUACCAUGGGCAUUAUUGGACUGGGGCUCUUGCUUUUCGCGCUUCUUAUUGGUAAUAUGCAGAACUUCCUUCAAGCUCUCGGUCGAAGGAAUAUGGAAAUGACGCUAAGACGGCGCGAUGUGGAGCAAUGGAUGAGCCAUAGACGGUUGCCAGAGGGUAUAAGAAAGAGGGUGAGAGAGGCUGAGCGGUUCAACUGGGCUGCUACCAGAGGAGUUAACGAGGAAUUGCUCUUUGGGAAUAUGCCUGAUGACCUUCAAAGAGAUAUAAGACGACACCUUUUCAUAUUUCUCAAGAAGGUGAGGAUAUUUUCGUUGAUGGAUGAAUCAGUCUUAGAUUCAAUCCGUGAGAGGCUGAAACAGAGAACAUACAUAGGGAGUAGCACGGUGUUGCACCGAGGAGGUCUAAUUGAGAAAAUGGUAUUCAUAGUGAGAGGUGAGAUGGAGAGCAUUGGAGAAGACGGUUCUGUUCUGCCAUUAUCAGAAGGAGACGUUUGUGGUGAAGAGCUUCUCACUUGGUGCCUCGAACGCUCUUCUGUAAACCCUGAUGGAACGAGGAUAAGGAUGCCAUCGAAGGGAUUGCUUAGCAACAGAAACGUUAGGUGCGUGACAAACGUGGAGGCGUUUUCGCUGUGCGUAGCAGAUCUUGAAGACGUGACGAGCUUGUUUUCAAGAUUCUUGAGGAGCCAUCGAGUGCAAGGAGCCAUUAGGUACGAGUCUCCUUAUUGGAGACUACGAGCGGCUAGGCAGAUUCAAGUGGCUUGGAGAUACCGAAGGAGACGGCUUCGGAGGCACUGCUCAGCCUAGUGUCAGCCUUUAGAUUGUAAUCUUCAUUCUUGAUGACGAAUUGACGAUUAUGGUACAAGCUUGGUGGUUGUGUCACUGGUAGUGUUACUGUGUUUAUAAGAUAGAGAUAGUUUAAAGCUUAAUGUUUCACUUAAACCUAUUUUUCACUGUAAAAAAAUAUAAAAUUGAUGUAUAACAUCAUUUUAUCCUACUUGUACGAGUGAAUAUAUUGAUGUUUAAGGUUAAACUGAUGUUGCAACAAACCUAUUCAACUACCCAUUAAUUGU